CGUGAAAUGUACAUUUCUCUGAUACAUGAAGAUGAAUUAGACUUAGAUAUUUACUUUUUACUUAUUGAUUUCAUAAACACUAACUGAAAUAAGCAAACUUAUGGUUUAAAACAAAGUGAAUGUUUGCGAAAGUACGUCACAUUUGCCAUCUUUGUGCGGGGCAAACAUGCCUAAAAGUUGCUCUGCUUAUAAAUGCACCAGUAGAUACAGUAGUAAGAAUCCAGAGAUCACCUUCCAUAGAUUUCCUUUGAGUAAGCCAUCGGUGUUAAAGCAGUGGUUGCACAACAUUGGACGAGAAAACUUUCAGCCAAGAAAGCAUAUGGUUAUAUGUUCUCUACAUUUUACCCCAGACUGUUUUAGUGGCGCAGGAAAUCGUAAAAAUCUGCUGUGGAACUCUGUCCCAACACUUUUUUCAAUUCCACCUCAGGAUGCCAUGGUGUCAGCUGGUCGAGAGCAAAGAAGUCUGAAGACAAAGGAACCUGCUCCUCAUAGCUGGGACUCUUUUGCACCUGAGUACAGUUUCAGUAUUCCUAAUCAAACUGAAAAGGUCCAGGAACACUGCAUACAGACCUCAUCUAAAACUCCUGACCACAGUUAUGCCCUGCUGGAUCCUUGCUCAGCAAAAACACGCCUGUUUGAGGCCUUUGAAAUGAACUCAAGGUUGCAAAAAAGAUUCAAAACAAAAUGUAAAGAAUUGAAAAAGAUCAAACAGAGUCUGCAAGCUGCUGAAAGAAAACUGAUGGCCAUCCGCUGUUGGCAUGAUUUUAGGCUUACACAGCGGCAAAAAUAUUUAUGGCCCCCAGUUAAAAAUGCACAAAGAAAAACAUGCUUCAUAAGCCAGCACCAACUGAGAGUCAAUGUGUAGUCAAGUUCUUAAAGGAAUCUUUGUAUCACUGGAUAGACCAGGUGUUCUCAACCAGCAACCUGCACUUCUGUACUAUAGGCCUUUUAAUGAAACAAAUCAAUAGCCAAUUUGUGUAUGUGACCCUUGUUAAUUGCUUUUGGUUAAUCUUUCAGUACAAAAAGGGUAGCGCAACUACUGUAUACAAUUAUUUGCAAACUAUUCUAAAGAAUUAUAAAGAUGCAUAAACAGGCAAUUGCCAGGGCUCCAUUCUGCUACUGCAAAUCAGAACAAUGAACAGGAAUAAAUAUUAUAUUUUUGUUA